ACUCCACAUUUAUUGUAUUUUAGGUAAAGCCGUAUAGCAUUAUCGAAACGAAAGAUGAAGAAGGACGAACAAUUACCUCUAUUGUCCCAACUAAAUGGAUUUUUGACGGUGUAGUUCUAUGUCCACAAAAUGCAAAAGAUGAGGAGAAAGCUGUGAAGACAUAUAUUGAUGCAGACAGUGAAACAUGGAAAUGUCUGCCAUGUACAAUACGAAAAACUUAUAAUUCAUAUGGAAAAGCCAGAGAGAUGCUUCCAAUGGCCGAAGAUACGGAUGGGCUUGAUACAGAUAAAGAAACCAGAAAAGGCAUGAGAAAGAAAAAGAGAAAUAUAUUAUAUGAUGAUGAUGAUGAUGAUGAUGAUGAUGAUGGAGACGAGGAUCAUAUAGAAAUGUCCAAAGGAAAGAAAAAAGCUCUACCUGUGCCACCACCGUCUACUUAUAAAAAAAAACAGUUAGAAAUCAGAAAUAGUAGCUCUGUGCGGAAUGCUCUGCAGAGACUGAAAAAUCAAAGAGCGGAGAAAAAGAACAGAAUUAACACAAUCAAUGAGAGAUCACAGACAGAAGAAGAAAUGGUAGAUGAUAUUCAGGAAAAGCUAAAAAAACGAUGUGCGGAAGAUACUAAUGUGGAACUUGAAAAAGCUCGUAAAAGAAUUCAGGAACGUAGAGAAGAGAAGGCAAAACAGGAAAGAGAGAAAGAGGCUCACCUACUAAAGAAGCCAGGAACAAUAGAUAAAGAAAAUGAAAUGCCUAGUAGCCAAUAUGAUUCACAGCUCAGAUCACCUGAUUUCCGUUCAGAAUUUCUUCCAUUGAUAAAUGAGGUGGAGAAUGAUAUAGAUAAAAUGAUGUCCAUUACAACUUGCCGUUCAAUCUCUGCACUUGAUCAUCCAAAGUUUGCCACAUUUAGUUGUUCAAACUCUGCUGCAACCAACCAAUCUCAAUCCUCACAUCAACCAUACAUGUCUUACUCGAAAACAUCGCCUUCAGUACCGAAUGCCCGGAAUCAUGUGCAAAAAAUAAUGUCUGCGCCCUUAAUGACAAACGAAUCAAACUUAGAUCAAGAUAGAUCUUCAUCUUCGGCAGGUGUGCUUCUUAUACUGAAGGCAGUUCUCACUAAACAAGAAGAAUUCUCGCGAAAACUUCAAAAUAUGGACCAUAAACUGGAUCUUGUUGUAGACCUUGUUAGGACUGCUGAAGAUGUCCAAAAACCAGAAGGAUGGCCUACUUUUCCAUUAGUUGAUGUAAACUCCUUUUAUGAAUGGGAAUUGUUUCUGCAAAACAAUGACAACUACGAUUUCGCAGUUUCUCAUUUCAGUGUCGUAGUUGGAAAAGGGACACACGAAGGAGAAAUGGCUACCAACAUAUGUAAGAAGCUUUUCUCUCCUGAGGUUGCAUCUAAUCUAAAUUGGGCAGGGACAGAGAUAAAAAAAGGAAUCAAAUCAAUGAAGUGUGGUGAAUGCAUCAUUGAAGCAUGUGCCAAGCAAUAUAAAGGAAAUUUUUUGAAAUCAAAAAUCACAGGCUCUAUUAGUACGUGGCUUCGAAGUCAUUUGAAAAGGAGAGCCACAGAUAAUUGCUGAUUUGCUAACACAGCGUUUGCGGAAUUAUUGUUGCCAGAUCUUACUGUGACGAGCGAUGACUUCCCAAUUGUACCGUCGAUUAUCGAACCUCAUAUUUUCUAUGAUAAGUUUUGUAGUUAGGUUUCAUCACAAAUAACGCGACACAUUUCGUCUUUAAACUAUAUAUAUAUAAAGGUUAAUAUAAAAAGUAAUUUACGGUAGAGUGUUGAACUCUAGAAGAUGCUUAUAUAACAAUGUUAUCUCAAAAUAAAAAUUGUUCUUUUAAUAUAAA